AUGAGCUUCGCGAACCCUGAUGCCUCCGGCAUCCAGGAGUCGACAUGGCAGCAUUAUGCUGUCGUGAUCAACCAACUGCUUCGCGAGUUUAGGGACAUAACGUCGGCGUCACAAGAAAAGAGUCUCCAUCUUUCGGUAACCCUGUUGGUACUAUGUCAUGUCGAGAUUAUAUCCGGCAACCUUAAAGGCGCGAUAUUUUCUCAUCUACGGGCAUGUCGACAGCUCAUCCUCAGCCUUCUUCAAAGGUCCCCUCCUAGAAUGCAAUCGACCGAUCAGGAACUUCUAGGGUUUGCCCUAGAAUUUUACGCAUACUUUGCCCUGAUGACCAACAUUACACCCUACGGCAAAAACCAAGCUCACACGAUACCGUUAGACAAUUUCGUUACCUCGCUUAGUCCCCUUCAUGAAUAUAGUACGUUUGGCGCUCUAAUGAGCUGUGGUCAUGACCUCUUUGAAGCCAUUGCGUCAAUUUCCCAGUUAUUCUCGCAACGGCUUUAUGAGCAGCACAGGCAGCAAGCCGAACCAUCAGCACCGACCAUGGCGAUGUACGAAGCCCUUCUUGUAUACUUGAGUAAUUGGCAGUUCACCGGGCCAACCAACAAAUGGUCAGAUCCUCGUGAACAGACAUGGGCCGGUGAAAUAUAUAAGAACGCACUUUUAAUAUACCUCAAAGCAUCAAUAUGCGGGUCUGUAAUAGAUAAUCCCAAGGUUAUUUGCGAAAUUCAGGAACAUGUCGAUGAAAUUCUGCAGCUCUUGACGAGACUAAAUUGUUCUCCUUAUGGAACUAUUAUGAUGUGGCCAUGCAUGAUAGCCGGGUCUUGUUUGAUCAAAACGACACAACGAGAUUUUAUGCAGAAAGCCCUACGUACCUCACGGUGGAAGAUGUGUCACGUCAAACAGGCGGCUGAAAUCUUAGAGAGUCUCUGGAGGGAUAACGUCAAGUGCGCAUUCGGCCCCUACGGAUUACAUUAUAUUAUGCAAAAGCACGGUAUCAGCUUCUGCAUGGGAUAA